UCGUCCGCACCGCGUCACACGUAUCGCGCCGGCCGGUCGACCACGACCGUGCAACACCACACAGUCCGUCAAUGCGUUUGCCGCCGUGUACUCCGCGAGGUGCGAGCGUUUGCCGAUCGGUAUCCGACAAUAAUAUAUCUAUAUUUUUUUCUUAAAUUAAAAUCGAUUAUAAUAACUCGUCAGUGAUUUUCCGUUUCGGUUUUUUUUGAAUCGCCUAAUUUCCGGUCGCCCCGAGAUCGUUUCAUACAAAGUUCGGCCUUUGACCGAUCUUCGUGUGCGGGAUGCUGGUAUGACAAUAAUAUUAUUGACAAAGACGGAUUCGUCGCGACACCGGAUACGACAAAACUGUAGUCAGCAGGCAUGCGAAUGACGACGUUCGGCAGCGGCGACGGUCGAACAGCGGCGACAUGUUGAUGCACCAUGUCAAGGCAUGGACGCUCUAAACAAUACGGUCCGGAACCGCCGCCGGCGGCCGUCUACACCAAGCCGCCGCCGCCGGUGCACGGCAACAACACGUACAACGGCCGCGCGCAUCACCAUUACCAACAGCAGCAGCAGCAACAGUUGCAACAGCAACACCAGCAAUUGCUGUUACAACAGCAGUUUUACGGCACGCAGCAGCAGCAGCAGUCGAACGCUGUGGUCGGACCUAGGCCCCCGUCUAGCAGCCAUCACCACCACUCGUUGCCCAGAAAUGCCUGGAGCGCGGGCAGACAUUCUCCAGCGGCCGGCGGAUCUUCGUCGAACAGCUCGAACGACCGGGCGUACGCGGCCACGCGUCGGUCAAAGCACCAUCGGGUGUACAACAGCCACCGGCAGACGUCUCGUGGCCACCACAAGGUCAGCGGCGGCGGCGGUGGUGGUGCCACCACGGACCCGGACGCCUUGUCGUCGGUGACCACGGCUGGUGUCAAGUACAACCCGCUGCAGCAACCGCCGCCGCAACAGUUGAACCACCAAUCGUUGCACCAACUGCACCACCAGCAGCAGCACCACCGGCCGCAGAUGGCGACCGCCUGGCCGCCGGCCGAACCGCCGUCGUUGUCGGUCGUCCACCAUCACCAGCAGCAGCAGCAGCCGGCCACGGCCCCACAAUAUUUGCAGCAGCCGCCUCCGCCGCCUCAGUUGCCGCCGCAGAACACCGCGGCCGCGGUUUUGAGGCACCACCACCAGCCGCCGGCGGCCGUACCGCUGUUGCUGCCCUCGUGCGACGUGGCCGUCGACGCCUGUGGCGGCCACUGUCCGAGGUUCGAAAACUUUUGCCAUUUCUGCUUGCUGGUGUUUUACUUCGCGGGCAUCACGGUGGGCUUCCUAUUGAUCAUGGCGGCCGUCGUGUCCACCCGGGACCCGCGGUUCCUGUACAUCGGCGGCCUGGUGCUGCCGGUUAGCGCGUUCCUGAUGGCCGUCCAGUGCCGGGUGCGGCAGGACGCCGACCGCCGGAAGCGGCACAGGCAGCUGAACGGCCGGCACCACCAUCACCGGUCGAACGCGGGCGCGCUGAUGGUGAUCAAUAACAAUAACGGCGGCGGCAACCCGCAACACAACGGCGGCGUUUCCGGUCAACCGUUGGCCGCCGGUACAGGCACGGCCACCAGUGCCGAGACCAUACCGCUGCAGAACAUCGUGAUGGCGCCGGCCGGCGGCGCCGAUAACGGCGGCACGCUCCGCCGGCAGUUCCAGGGCAACGUUUACCAGUACGUCGGCCAGAGGGACGGCGGCAGCGAGGUCAACGGCCAUCACUACGAGACGACGUCCGAGAUUCAGCAAAUCGAAGGAGUGCCGUGGUGGAGACGAGAAGACAACCGACCGUAUCAUAACCGCGCCCCUCAUCCGUAAUCAACUGACACCACACACACACACCUCUGUCAUCAGCUGGUCGUAAUUAUUAUUUUUGUUUUUCAGUAACUCCCCGUUGAGAGCGUGUGUGUGUGUGUAUUUAUACAUUAUUAUAAAUACGAUUUGUAACUUUAUUAAUAUUAUUAUUAUUACUAUUUUUUUGAAAUUAAGUUUUUGUUCUCGCCCCAGUGUUUUGGUGCGAAGUUUGUACACAUAUAUACAUACAUUAUAUUAUUAAACAACA